AUGACGCCAGGACCUGCGGAUGCGGAGCAACAGGCGGACAAGAGGAAUAAGUCGAAGCGCUUCUUGUUCUGCUUCCCAUGGAUCAAGUCGAGACAUGUGCGGGCGCAGAUUGCGAUGUGCUUCGUGGCUGCUGUGUUCCUUUUUUCGCUGCUAUCAGUGUAUUUGGGUCUGACACUAUCAAAACAUGCUGUUAUUGGCGAGCUGAACGUCAUGUUGAUCAUGAUCAUUCUCCUGGCGGCGGUCUUCUUCUGCUACAGUAUCAUUCGGUUAUGGAUUCUAAUUGUUCGCGGAGACCCGCCAGACGUUCCUCGAGCCAUUGACCCGCGCGGAUAUGCCGUUCCACGCAACCCCAUACGAGUGGUGAUGGCCCAAGACGAAGAAGCUGCCGGCGUCGAGAGCGCAGCCAUGACGAUGAAGCCGCCUGCCUACGGGCUCUGGCGAGAGAGUGUGCGCGUGGAUCCAAACCGCUUCUUCUGGCAACGGAAUGAUGCUGCGCAGCCCACCGCUUCUCCGCCAACGACGGGACCGAGGCCACCGUCUUACAUCUCCGAGGAUGGAGUGUCAUACGUGGUUGAUGCGGUGCCUCGCUCUAUUGCUCCGACAUCAGAGGGCGAUUCCCAGCCGGUGCAUCCUUCAGAACGAGGAAGAGCUGGCCUGCCACCUCCAAGCUGA